GAGUGGCUGUAGCGGGGCCGAGGGCGGCGCGGGCGUUUCUCAGACGGUGCUGGUGCAUCUCUAGUUCCUUCCCGGAGCCUGGCCAUGGGCGUGAGAGGCUUGCAGGGGUUUGUGGGCAGCAGCUGCCCGCACGUGUGCGCGGCGGUGGACCUGCGAGAGCUGGCCGAGCGGCACCGCAGCGAGCGCCCGGGCUGCGCCCCCACCGUGGUGGUCGACGCCAUGUGCUGCCUCAGGUACUGGUACACGCCCGAGUCCUGGGUCUGCGGCGGCCAGUGGAAGGAGUACUUCUGUGUCUUGCGGGACUUUGUGGGGACGUUCGCCGCCGCAGGCAUCAAGCUGGUGUUCUUCUUCGACGGCACGGUGGAGCAGGACAAGCGCGAGGAGUGGGUGCGACGGAGGCUGAAGAACAGCAGGGAGAUAGCCAGGGUCUUCCAGUACGUCAAGGCGCACGGGCAGCAGCCCAGCAGGAGCAUGUUCCUCAUCCCCUCGGGGCUGGCCCUGUUCACGCGGUUCGCCCUGAAGGCCCUGGGCCAGGACACGCGGUGCACCCUGCAGGAGGCCGACCGCGAGGUGGCCGCCUACGGCCUCCGGAACGCCUGCCUGGGGGUCCUCGGGGAGGACACCGACUACCUGGUCUACGACACCUGCCCCUACUUCUCCAUCAGCGAGCUCUGCCUGGACAGCCUCACGACCGUCAUGCUCUGCAGGCAGCGGCUCUGUGCGAGUCUGGGCCUCGGCCUGCCGGACCUCCCCCUCCUGGCCUGCCUGCUGGGCAAUGACAUAGUCCCCCAGGGCAUGUUCGAGGCCUUCCGGUACAGGUGCUUGUCCGCCCACGCCGCCGGGAGCGAGGGCUGCGACCGGAGAGGCGGCGUCGUGCUGGCUGUGGCGGACCACAUCGCCAAGGUCCUGCGCUCGCACCGAGGGGAGAAGAAGCUGGAAGAGAUGCUGCCUCUGGGACCAAACAAAGCCCUCUUUUACAAAGCAAUGGCAUCGUACCUUUUGCCAGGACAGAAAUCUCCAUGGAUUUCCCAAAAACCCAAAGCUGUAACAACUUUGGACAAGCAAGAAGUUCCUGGGAGUUCAGACCCUGAAUGCAAGCAAGAAGUUCCCGUGAGUUCAGACACUGAGUCCAAGCAAGACAUUCCCAUGAAUAUAGAGCCUGAAACCAAGCAGCCAGUAACCAUGGUUUCAGACCCUGAAAUCUUACAGGUCGCGAGAGCCCAUCACGUCCAGGCGGACAGCUACCUGGUGUACAACGUCAUGACCAGCGGGGAGGUUGAGUGCAGCAACACCCUGGAGGACGCGCUGGACCAGGCCCUGCCCAGCCAGGCCUUUGUCUACCGCCCGGUGCGGCAGCGCGUCUACUCCCUCCUGCUGGCAGACGGCCGAGGUGGCCCUGGCAGCUGCCCCCCCGUCCGCGAGUGGUUCGUGUACGCUGGGAACCCGCUGCGGCACCCGGACCUCGUCAGGCCUCUGCCGAUGACCGUCCCAGGGGGGACGCCCAGUCUGAAGCAGCUGUGGCUGAGCCGGGAGCCCGGAGCCCAAGCGCGGCGUGUGGACACGCUCUUCGCCUGCCUCGACCUCUCCUCCUGCAGGGAAGAGCUGCAAGCCCUGGAGAGCCCCUUCCGGGCGCUGUGCUGCCUCCUCGUCUACCUGUUCGUGCAGGUGGACACGCUGGGCCUCGAGGACCUGCAUGCCUUCAUCGCACAGGCCCUGUGCCUCCAGGGGAAGUCGGCGGGGCAGCUCGCGGGCCUGCAGCUCGAUCACAUUGACCCCCGAGCCGUGCAGCUGGGCUCCCUGCUGGUCCGCGGCCUGACCACGCUGGUGCUGGUCAACAGCGCGUGCGGCUUCCCCUGGGAGGCCAGCGAGCUCGUGCCCUGGGCCGUGUUUGACGGGAAGCUGUUCCACGAGAAGUACCUGCAGUCUGAGAAGGGGUGCCCCGCGGAGGCGCUCGUGGAGCAGAACAGGUCUCGGCUCACCCAGUUCCACCAUCUGAAAUCUGUCGUGUGCAAGGCCUGCCUGACGGAGGACCGGCGCAUCGUCAGCCGGCAGCUCUGGCGGCCGCACCCCACAGGGAGAUGGGGAAGACAGGGGCCCGGCUCCCGCAGGACCAGCUCUGGGCACAGCCGAUCCGGCCAAGGACAGCACUGGGGAGACCAGGGCCCAGGAAACAGGCAGCAGGAGCCUGACCCCUGGAGAAGACACGCACCAUCUUCCGGGUGGUCCAACUGACGCCUCUGCCGGACCCGACCUGCUUGCGGCUGCAGAGAGAAUAUUCUUUUAAUCUUGGGUG